GGCACCCCACACGGACGCUUUCGGGCGCCAUGGGCGCGGGCGGAAGCCAUAGCUCGACGGGACCCACGCUGCUGGCGUCGGUGAAGGCGGUGCAUGAUCCAAAGGAUACUUCGUGGCAUCCUCCCAUCACCUACGCGCUGUGUGUCGCUGGGGGUGGAGCGCGAGCCUUCUCCUACAGCUUGGGUGUCUUUCGUGCCUUGAGCGAUCUCAAUUUGCUGGACAAGAUCGAUGGCAUUGCGAGCGUCUCUGGGGGGACCUGGCUCUCCUGCAUCUAUGUCUUCGCGAAAACCUUCAAGGUGCCCCUGAAAAAGAGUCACGGCGUGAUCCGUGAGAUGUGAAAACUGACCGUGUGGGAAUGCGUCUUUUUUGUUGGGAGGGGAGGGAGUUGAAUGUGUUUUGUUUUGGUGUCUUAUUUGUUCGAAAGCACCUGCGAAGGGUUCUCCUUCAAGAACGGCUACCAACUUCCACUGUCUAGUCCAAGUAUCAUCCUUCAUCAUCAUAGACAUCACAUUCAGGAUCAUAUUUGUCCCCGGUGGGCGAGGAGGUGUCGAACUUGUGCCAGCUGGUCAUUAGGCUUUGGGCUGGGUGAAAAAGACCUGAAGGGGCCAAUUGGAAUGAGAAGUGACCAAGGAAAACAUGGGUCUCUUGAGGCGUGGGACUUCUUCAAGUCCACUAGUCACUAGUCCCUAUGGUCACUAUAGUCACUACAACCCUUGCUGCAGCCGAAAUGCCAACCCCUCACCGUUUGGAGCCCGGUGGCGAACGCGUGCGCCGCGUCUGAAGGUGGCGAGGCGACGAUCUCUCAUCCACCCGUCUCGGUGACCUGUCUCGCUGGGGGAACCCCCGCGCCGCGGGCGAUGUGCGAGAGCGCAUGGGUCCUUCCUCCGAUUGGCGCCCAACGCAUGCUACCCAGGUGUAAAUAGAGAAGAAGGUGGCGCAGCGCUGGCCAACGCCUCUUCCAAAUCUGCCGGCACCCGCUCAGUUUCGAUCCCUGGCACCUCAUCCCGUCCGCUGCGUGCGCCACGUGAGCAGCCCGCAGGGCUCCCCCGUGAGCAGCGCGCAGCUGCUGGGGGCCACGGCGCCGCCCACGCGCGCGGAGGAGCUGUCGAUGUCCAAGUUGCAGGAGCUGCAGCCGGCCAUCGCCUCGGGUUUGGCGGAGGGCGACUCCGACAAGAUCUUGGCGGAGUUGGCUGUCCAGUACGUCGGACGCGAGUGGGAGGUCUGGCCCCAGGUGAUGUCACGUUGGCUCCUGCGCCACUUCGACGAGCUGGGCAGCUUGGACCGUUGCCUGGCGCAGGACGAGGCGCACGUCGCGCGCAUCACGGCGCGGAAUCCCUCCUUGGAGCCGAAGAGCUUCCUCACGCCGCGGCCCGACCGGCGGCAGGCGCUGGUGAUGUGUGGCGCGGCGCUGGCGCCGGUGGAUCGCCUGGCGACCAAGGCGAACGCCGUGGUCUUUCAGAUGUCGGCAGACUAUGUGGGCAGCCCCUUCUAUCCGAAGAAUACGCAGGUGGACUACCAGAAGGCACCUCUAUGCCCCUGUGAUGCCUGCUGCUACCAGUCCUGCAAGACCAUGCGGACAGUGGGAGGAGGCUUUGUGGAGUCCUUCGCCUUCGGGGGCACGGCGCCCACCAAAGGCUCUGAGCAAAAGGGCGGCACAGACGUCGCCGUGGGCGCGCCGGCGCGGCCCUUCUCGCUGCCCUGCGCUGCGGGGAUCAGUAGUUGGGGCCCCGGCGGUGCCUUGAACGAGUCGGAGCUGGUGGCGGACAUCGCCAAUAUCCGUCAACUCUACUGGCCGGUCACCUCUCCGCAGCUUCCGAUGCCACAGGCAGCAGUGGAGUACGAGCUGGCCGAUGGCGGCUGUGUGGACACCAGCGGGCUGCUGUCGCAGCUGCAGCGGAAGGCGACCAGACUGGUGUCCAUUGUGCCCAGCGACGCGCCGCUGGAUGCCGCAGCUGUGAACGGGCCGACGGUGACGGUGGAGAGCUUUAAGCCGGACGUGGCCGGGGUCUACGACGCGCUCUAUGUGCUCUUUGGGUAUGAGAAGCCCGGCACGGGUCGCCUGCGGCAGAACGAUCAGGUCUUUGAUCGAGCGCUCUUGUUGCCCAUCGUAAGGGAGCUGAAGGUGCUGGUGGAUGCUGGAAAGCCCGCGGUGCUGAAGAAGACCCUCCAGGUCUUGCCGAAUGAUUGGUGGGGCAUCGCUGGGAACUGUGAAGUGGAGCUCAUCAUUGUCGUCCUGGAGGUGUGUCGGGAGUUCCAGGAUCUUCUGCCGGCGGACACGAAGCAAGAGCUGGCGAAGUGGGAUGGGGCGUUUCCCCACUUUCCGUACUACAAGACCGUGCUGAACAACCUGACGGACCUGCUGGGCCUCACCUGGCCACAGGUGAAUCUGCUGGCAGCCCAGGCGGAGUAUUCAGUGAAGACGAACGCAGCGCUGUUCCAAGAGCUGUUCGCCGCGUAGUGACGCCCGGGCUUCCUUCGGUCAGAAACUCCGUUGGUGCGACGGUCCCUCCUGAAAGAUGUUUUUCAGCGACGCUCGUGGCGAGAAGGUCGCC